AUGGACGGGACACACACUCAAAAUAAAAGGUCUCCAAACGAAACCCAUGCCUGGAUUCUUGGUAGCGGGACUGCAUCUCUCGCAUCGGCAGUUUAUCUGAUACAGCGCGGCAAGCUGCCACCCCAAAAUGUGCACAUUUUGGAUUCACACGUAUCUAUGGGAGCAGCAUUGCACGAUAUGGGUGACUCCGGCCAGGGAUACGAUCAGUUUGCAGGAUGCCUACCUGUUCCAAUCGGAACCCCUUUGAACGAACUUCUGGCGUCCAUUCCCUCGGGGAGGACUCAGGACCCUACAGUGCUGGAAGAGAUCAGAAAGGCAGAAGCGAGUCAUAUGCCUGCAAAUGGGCAUCACCGAACUAAAUUCAUCGUUCAAAAAGGAAGAAGCAAAGAAAACUUACAAGCCAGUAAGCUGGGCUUGAGUGUCAAAAACCGGGUCGAUUUAGCCCUGUUGAUGCUCCGAAGCGAGAAACGCCUGGGUAGGAAUCAAAUCAAGGAUUUCAUGUCCAAAACUUUCUUCCAAAGCAUAUUUUGGACUACAUGGGCCGCUCAAUUUGGUUUCCAACCUUGGCACAGUGCCAUAGAAUUCAGACGAGCUCUUCGUCAAUAUCUCAGGCAAUAUCCUUACCUGAGUAUCCUGAAAUGCUUGGAUAUCACUGGAUAUUACCAAAACGAAUCUAUAUUUCGACCUAUAUACCUCUACCUUUACAACUUAGGAGUGGAAUUUCUCUUUGAUACCAAAGUCACGGAUAUCAUUGUUACCACUGUCCGGGACGGCCGGCAAAAGGUAUCCAGAUUGAAUCUUCUUGCAAAUGGAUUCCAAAUCACAAAGGAGAUAAACACACAAGAUAUAGUUAUUAUUAUGCUGGGUUCCACGGUCUCAGGCUCAUCAACCGGUACAAAUACUCACCAUCCUGUUUGCAAACGCAUUGAGCCAACCGACGAGCUUGAUGAGAAUUGGGCACUGUGGCUAGAGCUUGAGACUAAUCAGCUCACAUUUGGCAAUCCCUACAACUUUUGCACUCGCAUGAACGAAUCGGUCUUAGCUUCCUUCACAAUCACCACCGCAGACCCUUCCCUUUGGGAAUUUUUGGCUUCCAUAGCGGAAGAUGGAGAAGCUGGAGCCAUGAUAAUGCUACCAGAAAGCAACUGGAGGUUACGCCUUUGCAUACCUACUCAGCCCGUUUUUAGCCAACAGCCGAGCGAUACCUACGUGAUUUGGGGCUUCAUGUUGCUCCCGCGACGCAAGGGAAACUAUGUUAAAAAAUUGAUGGAACAAUGUUCUGGUGCCGAAAUCCUCGCGGAAGUGCUUGGACAUCUUGGAUACCCAUCCUUGGUCCACCACACCAUGACCAUUCCUCGUCUCAUGCCACGGAUGACUUCCAUGUUACUUGUCCGCUCGAUGACCGACCGCCCUGAGACUGUACCUGCAAAGUCAUUGAAUUUUGGCUUCGUUGGCCAGUUUGUUGAAAUUCCGCGGUACAGUUCCGUGGAUCUUAGUUAUGGAAUUCGUACUGCGCAGGAGGCUACAUCUCGACUGAUGGGGAUUCCUUUGCCAGAUAAUGCGUGUGAUGACAUUUCCUCUACGCCCGCAAAUUUGCUAAGGCUUUUGUCCUGGAAAUGA